GACGCAUGCGCUCUACAGUCCCGUGUUGAACAUUCCGCAUGGUCGUGCUAGUAUUGGCAGGGCGGGAGCAGCAGGUGACAGUCCGCUUACUUCAAGAUGAAUAGCUUCAUUUAACUUAACGAGGUACAUUGUUAAACAUUUUUCUAAAGCGUCGCUUGGUUCAUAUAUGUCACACGACAUCGGCCUCACAUUUCCUCGCCGCUAGAAGCUAACGUUAGCUGCUAGCACAAAAAUACUUGGUCGGAAUGCCGUUGUCCAAAGGUCAAAGUGCGGGUGAUGAAGGUCAUCUGCUUCCAUCUCAAAUGGAGAUUGACGAUGUGACGGAGGAGAUCGGGGCCGCGGGGGAUACUCGAGACGUCUCCCUGAGAACAUGUGUGCUGGAGGGCUUCAUUGAGAAGGACAUGACCGCAGCUCUCAUCGCCAGUCUGCCGGAGGUCCACAGCCAGCUGGCCGGCAGAGAGUCGGCCGCGGAGAAGCUCCUGGUCACACUCAACCAGUAUUUGGACCAGCCUCAUCUUCUGGACCCACACCUGGAUUGGAUGGUCAAUAUGAUCCUGGAAUAUGUUAGGAAUGAAGACUGCCCUCCUUCCCUGUUUCAUCUGAGCUUCAAGUUUCUUUACCUCAUCUGUAAGGUGAGAGGCUAUAAAAUCUUCAUGCGGCGUUUACCUCAUGAGGUCGCUGACAUCCAGCCGGUUUUGGAUUUGCUGUCCAGGCAGGACCCUACAGACACAGAGACAUGGGAGACACGCUACAUGCUGCUACUGUGGCUGUCCAUGACGUGCCUCACUCCUUUUGACCUGUCUCGCCUCGAUGGUCAUUUGGAGUCUGAAGGUGGCCAAGCCAGAGAGCCCAUCAUGGACCGUAUUCUGGCAAUUACAAAGUCUUAUCUGGCUGUCAGUGAUAGUUCCAGGGACGCUGCAUCAAUUUUGGUAUCCAAGUUCAUGACACGUCCUGAUGUGCAGAAGAAGUGCCUUAAACACUUUCUGGACUGGAGCCUUGCCACUAUAUUCCAAACAAAUGACUAUUCCGUGUACUCCAUUAUGUUGCUGGAUGGAGCUCUUCAGUCUCUGGCGACACUUUUUAAACACGGAAAACGCGAUGACCUCUUACAGCACGCUUCCACAGUUUUGCAGUGUCUGGAACAGAAACAUUUGUCAGAGAGCAGCGAGGCCAUGCUAAGGAAGCUCAAUGUCAAACUCAUUCAGAGACUGGGCCUCACCUACCUGAAGCCUUGCUUGGCCCAUUGGAGGUACCAGAGAGGAAGCCGGUCCAUAGCAUCCACUCUUUUGACCAACACUCCCUCGACAGAGCCCGGUGGGACACAAGCGGAGGAGGAUUACGACAUUCCUGAAGAGUUAGAGACUGUUAUCGAGCAUCUACUGGUGGGGCUUAAGGAUAAGGAAACAAUUGUGCGUUGGUCUGCAGCAAAAGGUGUAGGGAGGGUGACUGGGAGACUACCCAAGGAGCUGGCAGAUGAGGUGGUCGCAUCAGUCUUAGAUUGCUUCAGCUUCCAGGAAACAGACAACACUUGGCAUGGAGGAUGUCUGGCUCUGGCGGAACUUGGACGGAGAGGCCUGCUGCUGCCAUCCAGAUUGACAGAUGUUGUGCCACUCAUCAUCAAGUCCCUGACCUAUGACGAGAAGAGGGGAGCAUGCAGCAUUGGCUCCAAUGUCCGCGACGCAGCGUGCUACGUGUGUUGGUCCUUUGCCAGGGCGUAUGAUCCUAAAGAGCUCAAGCCGUUUGUCAAUCAAAUUGCCAGCUCUUUGCAGGUCACCACCGUGUUUGAUCGAGAAGUCAGCUGCCGCAGAGCUGCCUCUGCCGCUUUCCAGGAGAACGUCGGCAGACAGGGGACAUUUCCACAUGGUAUUGACAUUGCAACUGCAGCCGACUACCAUGCAGUGGGAAAUCGCAACAACUGCUAUCUGAAGACCAGUGUUUACAUUUCCAGUUUUCCCGAGUACACCAAUGUAAUGAUUGACCACUUGGUAGCCAUGAAGAUCAACCACUGGGACAGUGCCAUUCGAGAGCUCACAUCCAAAGCCCUCCACAACCUGACGCCUCAAGCCCCUGAUUACAUGGCGACUUCAGUUUUGCCGCGGCUGUUGCUCAUGGCAGUGGCUCCCGACCUUCACGGUCGCCACGGGGCCAUCUUGGCGUGCGCUGAGGUCGUGCACGCGCUCUACAAACUGGGCCUGCACAGCAGCAGGACUGUAGUAGACAUCAUUCCCUCACAAUGUGUGGAGGCGUUGAAAGAUAUUCAUCAGAAGCUUCAAGACAGGAAACAGUACAGGGGUUUUGGUGGAGAGCUGAUGAGGCCAGCGAUGUGCAGACUUAUAGAAAAGCUUUCCCUGUCCAAAAUGCCCUUCAAGAGCGACCCAGUCAUCACUGGCUGGCAGUGGCUUAUUGACGACACCAUCAAGACUCUGUAUCUCGUCUCCAGCGGCGCUAAGGACGGCAUUGUGGCUGCUGUGGUUUGUGCCCUGACGGCCUUGUGUGAGGAGUACUACCAGGCCCAGACUGGCCAGGCUGAUUCUCAGAAGCAGAGUGUCGUAGUGACUCAGUACAUCGACGAGCUGAAGAGCCCGCAGAUGCUCACCCGUUGCGGCUCUGCCCUCGCCCUCGGCAGUCUGCCAAGCUUCAUGAUCCACGGCAAACUGAAGCAGAUCCUAGAGGGUCUUGGGCAGAUGCAUGGCGCUUGCUUGAGAGAAGAGCGUUUCCCAGAGGCCAGGAGGGAUGCGGUCCGAGCCCUGGCACAAGCGUGUCUCAAGGCCGGCGUCUGUGCCAGCGGACCCCCCGACUCAGUUCUCUGCUCGGACAAUAUCGCUGAAGUGUACGGUGUCCUGCUAGACAGCAUGGAUGACUACAGCAUGGACAGCAGGGGUGACGUGGGGGCAUGGGUGAGGGAGGCAGCCAUGAGUAGCCUGAAGGAUGUGACUCUCCUGGUGACCAGAACUGCUCCAGGAAUUCUUCUACCGGACCAGGUGAAGAGCAUGAUGUGCGGCCUGGCCCGGCAGGCAGCAGAGAAGAUUGACCGCUACCGAGCGCAUGCUGGCAACGUCUUCAUGCAGCUCCUCCACUGCUCUGACCCUGCAGUACCGCACAUCCCCCACCGAGAGGAGCUGCUGAGCAUCUUCCCUCCGGAAGUGCUAACCAAUCUGAACUGGAACGCCCCGUCCCAAGCCUUCCCCUAUAUUACCCGAUUACUAGGGCUGCCGGAAUACCAGUAUCAUACCCUCCUAGGCCUCACAGUGUCAGUGGGAGGCAUGACACAAUCCACUGUGCUCUCCUCGUCCCAGUCGACGUUUGAAUACCUGCGGGGGAUCCAGGAUGACCACGCCGCCCUACAACACUUCAGAGACACCUUGCUGAAAAUCUUUCGGGACAAUGCUGGCGACGACAGGAUUGCCCUCCCUUUCCUCAAGAUGCUAAAUCAGAUGUUUUCUUACAUCUCCUUUGAGAUCUUUACAACAGAAGAAAAUCAGCAGUUCUGCAUGGACGUCCUCGCUCUGUGCGAAGGCAUCAGGAGAUGCAGAAAUAUCCCCAAGCUCCGUGCCUGCAUCGCCGUCUACUGUGGCCUCAUCCAGUUCCAGGGUGACGUCAGGAAGAAGAUCCUCUUCCAGCUGAUGCUGUUGCUCUGCCAUUCAUUCCUCGUAAUAAGGACAACCACUGCGAGCCAGAUGUACGAGAUGCUGCUGACCUACGAUGAUGUUGUUGAUCCCGAGGUUUUGGAUGAUGUCAUGACUCUGCUUAGUGACACUAACUGGGAGAGUGAACCUGCCGUACUCCGGAACCCCAGAAAUCAGCUUUGUGAUUGGCUGGGAGUCCCCAGGCCACGGCUGAUUGCUAAGAAAACUGGCUGACAUUCCUGAACAUGUGUCUUUAAAGAAAGGUAGAAAAUAAUGAAUGAAUGAAUGACAUGUUAUUACGUGAUAAUAAAUUGUAAGAAAUC